AUGCCUAUCUCACUGAUCUUCUUCCAUUUCCUGUUAUCAUCUGCCAUGCAAAAUAGAUCACAACUGGACACUGAAGGAUUGGAAGCCCUCCGUCCAACCAGUUUACCUCUAAUGGAAACAACCUUCGGACCAAAUGUCAACCGCAUCAAACUCCAGAAGUAUACGACAGCAGUCACAGACUUUCCCUACGAUCCAGUAAAGUGGAAGAAUAGAGCAAUAUGCUUCAUAUCGCUUGGAUUCCCAGAGCUAGCUGCUGGAGACGCCUAUAAAUCUUUGCUCCUGUUCAAGCUUGUUUUGACAGAAAGUGAGACCUCAAGCAUUGGAAGUUUGGGAUGGAUUCAAUACGGCAUGUCGCGGUGGAUGGGCGACCCAAAUUUGAUUCUCUGGACAACACCAGCUGAGCUAUGCCGCAAACUUCUUCAGAUCGAUUUGCGAAAAUCUCCUUACGAAACACACGACAUUUUACUCAGCGCCCUUUGCUAUAUCGGCGCCGUUCACGAUGCCAAGAAAUUAUGCGCAGAACCGCUACGACUUUACCCUUCAGAUGUAAGCUUCUCGAAUUGGGUUCAUAGACUGAAUACUAGAUAUGACGCCAUUGAGGCAACCGCAGGAUCACAAGUCUUACAGCCUGGACUGGCAUUCGAAGCAAGUCUCCGAAAGAACCAAGCAUGUGGUGCUGUUCGGAUGGUUCUCUAUCCUUGGAUCCCGAAGAAGUUCCUAGUUCGUCCACCAGAAUUGAUACUUCAAGUCAACAAAGAUCUUGAAGAAGUUUCGAACGGAUUACUGGAAGUCAAGAAGUCAACAAUCGGUAAUAAUCUUUUGAACGCACACACAACGAACCUUGGAAUUUUUGUCAGGAAGGAUGUCAAGAGAAACGAAGUUGUUCUGCAAUCUCCUGGUCCUCUUGGAGUCACUGCCAGGAAUACUUAUGCCCACAUUCGCCUCUUGACGCAAACUACCUCUGACUACUGUUACAACUGUGGAGUGCUUCUGAAGAAGUAUGGCUACGCCAAAGGCCAGUUGUUGAGUUUUGAAGCACAAGUCUUAGCUCCUAUCAAAGUUGUUCAAACCUUAGGAGUCGAUGUCAUUGCGAACCUCGAUUACGAUUUCUGGGUUCUGAACAUCAUUUGGCACCGUAUGCGCGACAAUUGGGCCUUUCAUUAUUCAAACUCCAAUCGCGACUCUAUCGAUACUGUGUCUUGCAUGUCACCGUACAAUUUCCUGAACCACAGCUGCGAUCCCAUGCUUCAUGUCGACAGUGCAACUAUGGGCAGGAACACUUUCAAGACCUGGUAUGCGUCUAGGGAUAUCAAAGCUGGGGAGGAGGUCUUUAUCACGUACGUCAGCUAUAAGAUGCCGAAGCGAGACAGGCAGAUUGCUCUUGAGCCAUAUCUGGCUGGAAAAUGUACUUGCAGCAGGUGCCAGAGUGAGGUCUGA